AUGCAAAAUUCAGAUUAUAGUAGUCAACCACCUCCUAUUCCUACUCGACCGACAUACGGAAAUUGUAUGGAACCUAAUUGCAAUUGUUCUUCCAUCAAUUGUAAUGAACACGAUUCAAAAAGAUGCGCUAAUUGUAGCCAUGAUACAGUCAUGCAUUUGCAACUUGAGAAUUUAUCAUUAAAUGAUAACAUAAAUCAAUUGAAUUACGGGGGGUGUAAUGAACUCCAUUGCAAUUGUCCAGCCAUGAUUCCGACUGAACACGAUCAUUUAAUAUGUUUUCGAUGUAAACAUGAUCACUUAAUACAUGUAAUUUUACCAUCAAAUGAGAACCAAUUACAAUACGGAAGAUGUUUAGAAACACCUUGCAAUUGUCCAUGCAUGAUUAUGAAUGAACAAGACCCAACGAAAUGCUUUUCUUGUCAUCAUGAUCACUUAAUACACUUAAAUUUUGAUAAUCAAAUGAAUUGCAACGUUAACAUUUAUAAUCAAAUUCAACCUCCGUUACCUCUUCAAGUUCGAGAACGACCACCACCAGAUACAAUAUGGUUUUAUAAUAGAAAUGAUCCAUAUUAUGAGUUCACUAAUUUCCAAGAAGGAUUUCCAAUAAAAGCAGUAAUUCCAUUUCCUGGACCAAUACUAGAAGUUAAAAAUUGGCCAACAAGUGAACACCUUUUUCAGGCGGCAAAAUUUCAAAGUUCUAAAGUAAUUGCUGAUGGAAUACGCCGGUGUCAUACAGCUAGAGAUGCAUUAAAUAUGGCACGUCAAUAUCGAGAAUUUAUGGAUCAUAAUUGGCAAUCAAUAAAUGUCAAAGUAAUGGAAUGGGUUGUAAGGUGUAAAUUUGAACAACAUGGCUUUCUUGCAAGGCUGUUAUUGAAUACGGGAGAUAAGAAAUUGGUAGAACACACAGAAGUCGAUAAAUUUUGGGGAGAUGGUGGUGAUGGAUCAGGACAGAACAUGCUUGGAGAGAUUUUAAUGCGUGUUAGACAAAAUUUAAGAGAAACUCGAUCACAUCAACACAAUUAUGAAUAUGAUCAAUCAAGAGGAAUUAUAGAUAAAAAGUUAAUAUAUCCUAUGACAUAUUAUGUACCAUUACCUUCUUCAUCACAAGAUUUCCGGGUUUGGAAUGGACCUAAUCAUCCUAAUAAUACUAAUAUUAGAAAUAUUGAACGUGAGGAAGGGUCUUCUCAACAACCGCUAAUUUCGGAACAACAAGAAGGUCAACCGGUUCCACCACCAUUACCUCCACGUAGAAAUAGAGAUAUACAGCUUUUAAAGCAACAACAUCAAGCAUUACCUCCGAUACCAUCACAAGCUGCCAAUCAUCAACGACUGAUUCAACAAGAAAUACAAAAUGAUGUGACCCAUUUUAAUCAUAAUUAUCAUCACCAACAACAAGCAUAA